ACGUCGCUCCGGAACACGUUGACAAAUAACAAUUGCUCACAAAAAACAAAACAAAAGUUUCAGAGCCUCGUCAACAACAACGAAGCAAAAGGAGUUGUACAAUUUCAUAAGCUCUUGAAGAUCAACCAAGUCUGAUUUUGUGAAUUGGGUUCUCAGGUUAUUUGGGGUUUGAGGGAGUGAAAAUGGUGUUGGUUUUGGCCUUGGGGGAUUUGCACAUACCCCACAGGGCACCUGAUCUGCCUGCAAAGUUCAAGUCCAUGCUUGUUCCUGGCAAGAUCCAGCAUAUCAUUUGCACUGGGAAUCUCUGUAUCAAAGAAGUUCAUGACUACUUGAAGACUCUUUGUCCCGACUUGCAUAUUGCUCGAGGUGAGUACGAUGAAGAGACAAGAUAUCCAGAGACCAAAACACUGACUAUCGGUCAAUUUAAGUUGGGACUAUGCCAUGGCCAUCAGGUUAUUCCAUGGGGGGACCUAGAUUCUCUAGCCAUGCUUCAAAGGCAGUUAGAUGUAGAUAUCCUUGUCACAGGUCACACCCAUCAGUUCACAGCCUACAAGCAUGAAGGGGGUGUUGUUAUAAACCCUGGGUCUGCCAGCGGAGCCUAUAGCAGCAUCACCUAUGAUGUCAAUCCAAGCUUUGUCCUCAUGGACAUUGAUGGCCUUCGUGUGGUUGUCUAUGUUUAUGAACUCAUUGAUGGGGAGGUUAAGGUUGACAAGAUUGAUUUCAAGAAGACAACUGCUACUCACUCCGCUCAUUGAACACAAAUUUUAUCUGUUGGAUUUGCUAUAGACUCCAGGAUUCCUCACUCCUUUCUGUUAGUGAUGUAUGCGAUCCCAUUAUCUUUGUAUUAAUGGGCAAUUUUCUGGCUUAUAGAGAUCGACUCAGGUUCUAGCUUUCUGUGGAUUUGAUUCACUUCUGAUAAUGCUCGACUCACUAAUAUGUGUUAAUGACUUGGUUAUUUGUAUGGCAGAUCUCUUUCACAAAGCAACUAUCCUGUUUAUCGAAACUCUGGGAAAUAGAACAGGGCAUCAAUACACCAUUAUGAUUU